GUCCAAGACUUCUUUAGCUUCUGUGGAAAGAUCACUUCUAUUUCUGUUACCCCUGUGUCUGGUGAAGAAGGUGCCCAGAAGUCGGCCACUGUGACCUUCGAGAAGGAAGCGUAAGCCUUGCCCCGCACCUGCUCCCCCAUCCCGCCCAUGGCUCAAAUUGCACCAUCCCUUAGCUUAGCUGCUCUUCCCCCCACCCCCUCUCAUGACAUAACUAACCCGUCAUCUAGUGCCGCAAAGACCGCUCUGCUCCUUGACCACACCCAAUUGGGUACCUCGGUCGUUCACGUCAAGGCCGCCCACUCUCUCGAUGAUAUCGCCGGUGACCACGCUGCCAGCGCCUCUGAGGCCAAGGACGAGCACGACCAUGACCUCGAGCAGGAGGACAAGCCCCGCUCCCGCAUCGUCGCCGAGUAUCUGGCCCAGGGAUACGUGCUGAGCGACAACGCCAUCCAGAAGGCUAUCGCCCUGGACCAGAAGCACGGCUUCACCUCCCGCUUCACCAACGCCCUGGCCAACUUCGACAAGAAGUACAACGCGACCGACAAGGCCAAGGGUCUGGACGAGAACUACAAGAUCACCGAGAAGGCGAGCUCUGGCUGGCGCGGUCUCCACAGCUAUUUCGAGAAGGCCCUCGAGACCCCCUCCGGCCGCAAGCUCCGCGAGUUCUAUUCCCAGACCGACAAGCAGGUCCGCGACAUCCACAACGAGGCUCGCAGACUGGCGGACUUGAAGAGCGGCAAGAGCGAGGGUGACGAGCAGAACGUCAGUGCCGCCCCUACCGCUGGCGCUGGCGCCGAGGGUGUGGGUGCCGCCCCUGCUACUGCUGCGGCUCAGUCCUCUGGCACUGCCCCCUCUGCCGACCAGAAGGCAUGAAUCUGAAAAGGAGAUUUAACCCCUUCUUUUCUGUCUUGUACGCCUAAUGACGACCUGUUCAUACACAUGCUUGAAUUUGCACGUUCUCGAUGUUCAUAA